AUGGCGAGAAAGUGGCAGAAGAUGGCAGGCAUUGGAAGGAGAAGAGAAAUCUCUCUACCCAAUGCCAGAAACACUAGAUUAGCUGAUAAGGGUCAUUUUGUGGUUUACUCCAUGGAUAAGCGAAGGUUCAUGGUGCCAUUGGCGUAUUUGAGUAGCAGCAUUUUUAUAGAGCUGUUGAGGAUGUCUGAAGAAGAGUUUGGGCUGCCCGGAGAUGGGCCUAUCACUUUGCCUUUUGAUGCUGCGACCAUGGAGUAUAUGGUUUCAAUGGUUGGAAGACACGUCUCUGAAGAGUUGGAGAAGGCUUUGCUUGUUUCAUUGGCGAAUACUACAAGUCUCUGCUUUGCAACUGCUUCUGUUUACGGAGGACUGAGGAGCAGAAUCAUUGUUCAAGGAUUGUGA